AAAAAAAAAAAAAAAAUAUGAAUACAAAUUUGUGGAGCAGAAGGACUUUUUGUAUUAGAACUGCAAAUACAUCUUCAUUAAUGUCUCUAACAAUCAGCCCAAAUGUAAUUUUGAGUAGUUGCGCAUUAAUGCAUUAAUAAUUUAACAAAUUACAUGGUGUAGCAUUUCCAAUUUUACUUUAAUAAGACGACAAGUCUAUAUCGACAAUGUUUUAUUUAUGGGAUAGUCCCUAAUUUUCGUCCGAAUUACGAGUGGUAUUGGGGGGGAAUCCGACCCCCUUAGAUGAGACUUGGACCCAAAAGGGAUGAAAAUAAUAGUUUGGGGGGACCUGAAAUUUGUUUUAUAAAAUAUGUUAGCCUAUCCAAAUUUGUAUGUAUUUAAAUGCAGUAUUUACCAUCACAUACCAACAAUUCAGGAAAUAAUCUAAUGAAAUACAAUUGUCAAACCCUCACUCCCCAUUUGGGCUGUACCAAAAUUUCUCUGGUACAUUCAGACUGUGUCCUUUGCUGUGGUUCUUUGAUAUCAAAUCACAAGCUGUCAAAACGUAACGUUUUUAAAACUAAGUGGCUGAAUCAACUUUAAUCUCUGCAAAAGCCUGAUAUACGAAUGGGUUUACAAGCGGUGGCCAUACGUUUGUCUAAUAUUUCACUGCCUUGGGAACAUAGUGAUAGCCAACCUUUGAAAAACAUUUAGUAGCAAGAUCGCUAUGGUUUAACCGGAGGUCUCCCUUCCACUCAGCGGCCAUGACCAUCGCUGCUGCUUAGCUUAAAAACAUAAGGGCUCCUAAGAGCUGUGGAGGAAGGUCUGGCAAAGAGAGACUAUGAAACGAAUAUUAUGGAAAACAUAAUAACCAAAUCCUUCUUAAUCAUUAAUAAUCAUAUAUAUAAAUACAAGAAGAAGUAUUCAGAUAAGGCCACACAGUUAACAUUUUUACACUACAAGUAGCUAAAAGUCCUACAUUCAGAUGUACUGCAACACAAUUAUUACAUAUAAUGUUACAUAUUAAACUAAAUAAUAAACGUACUAACAUCAAAUUGCUGAUUACAUGUUAGGUUAUCAGUAAUACUGAUCAAAUAAUAUACUAAACUAUGAAAAUAACAUUCGCAUUAAGGGGUCAUUCUGCUGCACAUGGGCAUGUAAACAAAAGUCUACUCGCUUUUAUUUUGAAGAAGUGCUACUAGUCUAUACCGGAAGCAGUUGUACUCACCGUGGCUAACUUGAGCAAUAAGGAGUCUGGUUAAAGAGGGUUGUUCACGGCUCCUAUAUUGUUUGUUCCCCGUGACUCCUGCUCUUUCCGUCACGCAGUUAUCCACCAGAGACUGUAUAUAUGGAUAAAGUGGUCUUUGUGUUCAUCUUUACGUUUUACCUCAGACUCAUCUCCGUUAGCGAAGCGUGCUAGCUGGCAAUAGACGGAGACAGAAAUCGGUCACACAGCGCUGGUGGGAGAGCCUAUUGAAUAGAGACCAAACCGUAUUUAGCUAGACACACAAUGUCCAGAUAAACCUGUCCGAAUGGACUCUGGGUUGUCCCUUUAUUUGAAAACGUCUGAAUUAUCUUCUAUUGUCCUAUAAAGUUAGCUUGCUAGCUAGUUGGAAGUAGUAGACGGAGCCGAACGUAACCUAGCAACACAGCGCACUUCAGCGUGGCGGACAGGGAGUGUGUCUGGAGGAAAAGUUGCUUUGACUUAGUAAAAAAUGUCUAAAGUCCAAAUGCUGAGAGCUUUUGUGAACCAGAGACUAACUGCGGCUGCUGAAGAGAUAUUUGGGCUGUUUGAAAGAACGAUAGCAGAGUACGAGGAGGAACUUGGUCGUUCAAAAGAGGAGAACGAGCGACAACAGAAACGUCUGGACGCUGUUUGCGACCCUGAAGUCCGGUUACACAGAGCAGGUUGGUACCCAUACUGUGUAUGUUGGUACCGCUUCAUUGUUAUCCCUUUAAACAGCUGGGGAACCAGUGGAGGAGGACGUAUUCACAACCUUUACCGAAGUAAAUACGUCCAGCAGCUGUUGGUUGUUAAAGCAGAGGUUCCCCCUGAGCAGCACGAGUGGAGCUCCAGUCUGGACCAGGAGGAACCAGAGCCCCCCCCACACAUUAAAGAGGAACUCUGGACCAGUCAGGAGGGAGAGCAGCUUCAAGGGCUGGAGGAGGCUGAUAUCAAGUUCCCGUUCACUUCUGUCCCUGUGAAGAGUGAAGAAGAUGGAGAGAAAGCUCAGUCCUCACAGCUUCAUGAAAGCCAAACUGAGGAGAACAGAGAGGCAGAGAGAACAGAAGCUGAGGGAGAGGACCGGGGUGGACCAGAACCAGCCAGGAACUCAGAUCCAGAUAGUCCUUUACAACCAGCUACUCAUGACAAGACCGCAGACUCCUCUGAACCUGAGACUGAUGACAGUAUAGACUGGGUGGAGACUAGGGAACCUCAGUCAGGUUUAAACCCUCUGCAAAACAAUGUAGAACCUGGAAGUGAUGUGAAAUUGAAUACUGGAAACCCAUCAUUUAGCUCCUCUGAAUGUGCUGGAAGCUUUGGCCACGAGGAACAUCUGCAGAAACCCACUGGAGUCCAAAAAAGAGGGAAAAAAUAUUGUUGCUCUGUUUGUGGUAAAGGAUACACUCGUAAGAAGUCCUUAUGUAGUCACAUGAGACUUCAUUCAGAAGGGAAAGGUUUCACCUGCUCAGUUUGUAAAGCAAUUUUCUCUCUCCGCAGCAAUUUGACCAUACACAUGAGAAUCCACACAGGGGAGAAACCAUUUAGCUGUUCAGUUUGUGAUAAAAGAUAUGCACAAAAGGGAAAUCUGAAAAAACACUUGAUCGCCCACACACACACAACAUUUAGUUGCUCAGUUUGUGGUAAAGGAUUCUCUCUGAAUAAGACUUUAAUGACUCACAUGAGACUUCAUUCAGAAAACGUCUCACCUGCUCAGUUUGUAAAAUAGUCUUCAGUAACAUUAGCAAUUAGGUUAAUCACAUGAACAUCCACGAAGGGGAGAAACCAUUUUGAUUAAGUAAAGAUAAAGGAUUCGCUAUAGAAGUAAAAUGUAUAAAAAGGACAUUGAACGGUUUGCCGUAGUUAUUUGAUUAGUACACAACAAAAUGGCAAUUGUUAGCUGUCAUGGAGACAACACCCGUCAGUGGGGCCGCAACUGGCUGGGAGGAGAGCGCCCCGACCAUUGAUGUGUAUUAUUGAAAUGGAUGUAUUGAUGAUGAGGCAAUUUUUCUUUCCUGCAGGAUUAAAGUACUCAGGGCAAGACUUGGUUCAACAGUAAUGAGCCAGGCCGACUUGGAGCUGAUAUAGACUUUAAGAAGAGCCUUUACAGAUAAGAUGAAGCCACACAAUCGGUUUAAAUUCUGUUUUUAUUUGUCAUUACAUGAUUUUGUCUGGGAUUUUUUUUUAUUUUGGCCUGAUGAAAAGUGAAUUAGUUGGUGCUCUGUAAGUGGUUUUAUUUACAAUUCUUAAGGCUCUCUUUUGAAGGAUGAAUAGGUUCUGUGUUCGUUUUGUAAGUGUUUCCCCACUGGCAGUAUGAAGGAACAAAACAUGUACAGUGAGUGUUGAUUUAAGGUAUUUGGUUUUACACAAUAUUGCAAUUGAUUUGGAUAUUUCGGCCUUAAUAUAAUGUAUAUGUGGCUUCCAACAUAAUUGUUCAUCGAUUAUUACUCCCAGAAAGUUAAGUUCUUUUACUUUUUCUAUUUCAAUGUCAUUUAUCAUAAUUUUUUGUGUAAAUUUGUUGCACGAUUGCCAAAAAUUAUAAAUUUUGUGUUACUUAAGUUCAGUUUAUCUGUACUGUAUGUCAAUACAUGUUUUCAUUUAAAUAAA